UGCUAGCAGCAUUUUGAAGGAAAAUUCUUUGAGGCAUCGGAAAGAAGAGAUACUCUUAGGCCAUAACCACAGAAGCACUGAAAUAAGUACGAGGCGGAAAGUUUCUGGUGGGAUUUUAGAUAUUAACAGCUUAAAAAUGCUUGCAGAGAAGAGAGAUAUAUUUUUCCUCCUCUCUUUUCUAAUUCAUAACACUAAACCUGUUGUCCAUCAGGAUCUUGUUGGUUUGGUCAUCUCAAUGCUACUUUUAGGAGAUUUUAGCUUAGUUUUGCUUACUCUGCUCCAGUUGUAUUCAAUUUCAUUGGCGGACAUCUUUCUGGUUUUGUUUGUUUUACCGCUCGGUAUUUUUCUUCCAUUCCCUGCUGGAAUCAAUGCACUAUUCAGUCAUGGACCUAGGCGAUCUGCUGGGCUUGCACGUGUUUAUGCUUUGUGGAAUAUCGCUUCUAUGAUUAAUGUUGUGGUUGCUUUCGUUUGCGGGUAUAUUCACUACAGUGGCCAGCCAAGUAGAAAACUACCAAACUUUCAGCCAUGGAACAUGGAUGAAAGUGAAUGGUGGAUUUUUCCUGUUGCACUGGUGGUUUGUAAAUGUAUCCAAUCCCAGCUCAUCAAUUGGCAUGUUGCGAAUUUGGAGAUUCAAGAUCGCUCAUUGUAUAGUAACGACUUUGAUCUAUUCUGGCAAUCAUGAUAUGUGUCAAGCAGAUAUCUUCCCGUUUAACCUUUUUCACUGUAAUAUGCCCCCCCCCCAAGGAAAAAAAAAACUUGUUUUGCUUUUCAUUUCAUAAUGUUUUUCUUUUUGCUACAUUUUUGAGAAUAGGCAAAUGAUGGACAAAGAAGUACAGAGAAUGAAGAAAAAAAAGAAAGAAAUGAUUUGAGAGGCAUUCAUGCAGUUAUAAUUUUAUUUCCGAUGUAAAUAUAAGUGAGGUGUGCCCAUGGUAUAGAAAUCUGUAUAAUUUUUAUUUUUUUCUUGCUGAUUUUCUCAACUUGGUUUUUCAUGACAUUUAGUCCAUUUAUCAUCAUUUUCUUGUGGCAUCGAACUGCACUUUUAGAUGUGAUGUACUCAAAUUUACGUAGUUGUG